UUUCUUGCGACCUGAAAUUGCUAAUGACCCAAACAAAGAAAGACCUAGACAUCGCCGUUUUUGGUGCCACAGGAUUCACCGGUAAAUUCGUGGUUGAACGGAUUUGUCGUAUAUCUAAUGAACUUCCUGGGCUCGAAUGGGCAAUUUCUGGACGUUCGGAAUCAAAGCUUCAAGAAAUUUUCAAUAUCGUAACCCUCUCUGGAGACAAUAAUGUUCCUCGACCAGAAGUUAUAAUAGCCGAUGUUCAUAAACCGGAUACCUUGCAAGCAUUGGCAAGAAGGGCUAAGGUGAUAAUCAAUUGCGUUGGUCCAUUUCGAUUUUAUGGCGAGGCUGUUGUAAAAGCCUGUAUUGAAAACGACGCAAAUUAUGUAGAUGUUUCCGGUGAAACCGAGUUCAUUGAACGCAUUCAAUUAGCAUAUGGUGAAAAGGCGAAGCGAAAGAAUGUGGCCAUAGUACCUGCCUGCGGUUACGAUUCAGUGCCCGCAGAGUUAGGAUUCCUGUUCACCAAACGCCAACUAGAAGCCAGAGGCGCAAUACCUUCACAAAUAGAAAUGUUUUCCAGGAUUAGUGGUGGAAGCAAUGGUCUCGUUAUUCAUUAUACAACCUAUUCGUCUCUAGUACAUAGUGUAUCUAAUGUUGGCGCGCUCAGGGAAUUGCGCAAGCACGCUCAUCGCCCGAUUGUUCCCAAAAUUGGACCAGCGUUAAAAGUGCCACCACCCUCCAAGUGGGAUAGUCGAUUUCAAGGAUACGUAGUGCCUUCACUUACUGCGGACCUUUCAGUUUUGAAGUUAGGCCAACAACUUGACAUCGAAUACAAUUCAGGAGUUCCACCUGCCCAAGUCGCUAGUUACUUCGUGAUUCCAAAAUUAAAGUAUUUAAUAAUGAUUUUUCUUGGAGGAGCGGUUUUCAGACUUCUGAUAAGAUAUGAAUGGGGAAAGAAUUUACUGUUGAAACAUCCCAAAUUCUUUAGUUUUGGCUUUUUUACACACGAGGGACCUUCACUUGAACAAGUCCAACGGGGGAGUUUUUCCCACAGGUUUUAUGCGAGAGGAAUUUCAAAAUUUCGACUAGCGUCUGAGAUCGAAAGCUAUACCGACGACAUAAGUAAUCAAAAUUCCGAAACUUUGAGUAAUUUACAACCAGAUGUGGAAUUAAUCACCACCGUGGUUGGACCCGAACCCGCUUAUUUAGCCACAUCGAUUAUUGCUGUUGCCAGUGCACAAACUUUGUUAAAGGAGAGACAAGAAAUACCAAGUGGUGUUAUAACACCAGGACUUGCAUUUGGAAAGACUUCCUUGAUGCAAAA